CGGUGAGAAGAGUACAGUCUCUUCUCUGUUCAAGUAAACGGCUUUUCAAGCAUAAGUUGAAGCUAGCACGCAAAGACAGCUAGUUUCGGAGAAAAUAAACCAUUCCAGGUUAUCCCCGUGUUGCCGACGGACCGGUUUUAUGCUCCGUUUCAGCCGAGGAGAUUGACUGUCGGCGCUGUGUCAGGUCUCGGCCACACAGGAGAAAAAUGUCAUCUUUUCCACAGAGGGUUUGUCCUGCUCUGUUGUCACUUCUCUUGCCGUCCGUCGUCGCCGCUCAAGAGGAGUCCACUCUGCUGGCGGGGUGGCGCGAUGUGUGGCUCUUUCGCUUCCUAGUGAACGUGCUGGGAUACUCGACCAUCAUUAUCCCCGGAUACCUCCUCAUCCGCUACUUCAAACGCACCAAUUACUUAGACACAGGUAGUGGAUUCUUCUAUAUGAUCGUCAAGUCUUGCGUCUUUGGAAACGAGGCAAAGACGGGCUUGUUGGACAAUGUGUCAGUCAACUCCAGGAAUGAGGGGGAUUCGGGCUCGCCCCUCCGACAGGCUCUAAGGUUGAUCUUUUGUGCUGCUGGACUUCAGGCGUCCUACCUGACAUGGGGGGUCCUGCAGGAGAGGGUCAUGACCCGUUCGUACGGCGCCUCCGCUCCAGAUGAGGAGGGCGAGCGAUUCAAGGACUCUCAGUUUUUGGUUUUUAUGAACCGUAUUUUGGCCCUGACAGUGUCGGGCCUGUGGUGCUUUCUGUUCAAGCAGCCCCACCACGGCACACCCAUGUACAAGUACUCUUUCGCCUCGCUCUCCAACAUCAUGAGCAGCUGGUGCCAGUACGAGGCGCUCAAGUACAUUAGUUUCCCCACUCAAGUCCUGGCCAAGGCCUCUAAGGUCAUUCCCGUCAUGCUCAUGGGUAAGCUCGUUUCCCAGAAGAGCUACGAGUACUGGGAGUACCUGACGGCCAUGCUUAUCUCCGUGGGGGUCAGCAUGUUCCUUCUGUCCAGUCCCGCCGACAAGCAUCCGCCCAGGGUCACCACCUUCAGCGGCGUGGUCAUCCUAGGGGGCUACAUCGUCUUCGACAGCUUCACGUCCAACUGGCAGGACAACCUGUUCAAGUACAAGAUGUCGUCAGUUCAAAUGAUGUUCGGCGUCAACUUGUUCUCGUGUCUCUUCACCGUGUUCUCGCUGCUGGAGCAGGGCGCCUUCUUCGACUCGGUGGCGUUCAUGGCGCGCCACUCCGAGUUCGCCUUCCACGCCGUGCUGCUGUCUGUGUGCUCGGCGUGCGGCCAGCUCUUCAUUUUUUACACCAUCAACCAGUUUGGCGCCGCCGUCUUCACCAUCAUCAUGACCCUGCGGCAGGCCUUCGCCAUACUCCUCUCCUGCUUCCUAUACGGCCACUCCGUCACCAUGCUCGGUGGCAUCGGCGUGGCCGUGGUCUUCCUCGCCCUCUUUCUGCGGGUUUACGCCCGUAGUCGGAAGAAGUCGGGCCGACGGCAGGCGCCGCCGCAGAAGGUGUAGCGCUUGCAGCUACAGAACUGAGAACUACGACCGCGUUUUCUGUGGUUCUUUCUUUAUUAUACGGCUCACAUCCAUUGUUUUUGUGUCUAAGGUACUGACGGAAAGGGAAUUUAUUUGUUUUUGUGCCUACAAGCAGUCCAUGUCCAUUUAAACAGUUUUACGGCCUGCCUCAUAACUCUUCUUCUCCAAAAUGUAUUGUCUGUGUAUUGCAGUCAAUGAAUUAACCACAUUGUGUGGGUUGCGCAGCCAAUUUUAGUUACUGAAAAUUCAUUGCUCACUCAGAAGGUGUCAUUUGUUUUUCUGUUGAAAUUUGCCAAUGAACCCAAGUUACACUAAAUAACCUUUACAGGCAAAUUUAGUUGGACCUUUAUCAAAUUUAUGGAAGCACAUGCCCUACUGACGUGUUGCUACAUGCUAACAUGGUAAUGAUUGUUACAACAUUUUAGGUUUUGUGAGUAGCCUAUGUGACCUUUAUGGCUAAAACAGUUAAGACUUUAUGACGUUGCCCAUAAUUGACUACACAUUAAAUACUUAAGAUGGUCAAUAUCAUAAAAUGUAGUCUGUCAUAGUCGCCAGAUGUGCUCCCCAUGUGGCAAGCAAGUGGCCUUUGUGUGGAAAAGUUGGAUUUUAUACUAUAGCUCGAACACACUACGCAAAUACUCGAGGGACAUUUUAUAACAGGUGCAAAAUACAACUGCAAGACUGAAUUGUUUUGCACUUGAUUUUGAACCUUAUGUGCCCCCCCGAGCGUAUAUGUGUACAUUUCUGGGUCCUUAAUGUCACCAAAAGAGAUGCUGUAAGUUGUUUUAUGUGCCACGUUAUUUUUAAGAUGCCCCCCCCCCCCCCUUUUCUUUUAAAUUGUUACAACACGGCGUCAAUAAAAUCAUGUGAAUAUAUCUUAAGUUUAUAUCUACCAUGUCUGUUGCACUGCAUUUGUGUUUAACCUCUCCUGAAUGAAUGAUUAUGAUGAAGGGUGGUUUAGGAGAACUCUCAAACUCAUUCAAAGUACAUUCUGUUACUUAUGCUAAGUGGAUUAAUAAUAAAAUACUUAUAUACAGUAAUGAUUUUCUCUAUUUUUUUAAAAAGAAUUUUGCAUCUAAACCUGCGAACAUGAAGUAAAUUAAUUGGAUUGGAGGUGUAUCAAUAAGUUACAACAUGACAAAAAGUAAAGAGGUAUUUUAUACCCACUUUAAAACUUUAACACAUUUCAGGUAGCAAUUCCAUCUGAAGCCUUUUUUGGAUUGUUUCGAGUCUCAAAAUUAAUAAUUUCUUACUUUUGUAAUUUACAGACGAUAAGCCGCUACUUUUUUCCUUCAUCUUGAAUCCUGCAGCUUAUAGUCCGGUGUGUCUUAUUUGUUGAUUUAUUUGGGUUAAUAGGGAACACUUUAUCACUUUAUUUGACAGCGAUGUCAUAAUUAUAACAUGAAACUACCAUGGGCAUUAUUGAAUGGUAAUGACAGAUGUCACUAAGUAUCAUCUGGCAAAUUAUGUCACUAACUCCAUUUAUGUCCAGCUUGGCUCUUUUACAUCAAUUCAAAAGUGAGACAAUUUUCCACAUAACAUGAAAUGACUUCUAAGCUUUCAUUAAGUCUCAUGAUUGUGUCAUGUCAUAACGAUGAUUGUCUAAAGACAGUCUUAUGGCGCUACUGUCAGAUAAAGUGUUGCCAAAUACCAUAACUAGCAAUUAAUGAAACAAUAGGGACCGGAACUGAAGAAAUAAUUAGCACAGAACAUUAAUUUUGAUUGUUAUUUACAGUGGUAUGAAAAGUGUCUGAACCUUUUGGAAAUUCUUACAAUUCUGCAUAAAAUCAUCAUCAAAUGUGAUCUGAUCUUUGUCAAAAUCACACAAGUGAAAAAAACUGCUUUAACUAAAACUACCCAAACAUUUAUAGGUUUCAUAUUUUAAUGACAAUAUAAUGCACACAAUGACAGAAGGGGGACAAAAUACGUAAACGAACUAUCACAUUUAAUAUUUUGUGCCCUCCCCCCUUUGGCAGCAAUAACUUCAACCAGACACUUCCUGUAGCUGAAGAUCAGUCUGGCACAUCGAUCAGGACUAUUUUUUGUCCAUUCUUCUCUACAAAAGUACUGUAGUUCAGUCAGAUUCCUGGGAUAUCUGGCAUUAAUCGCUGCCUUUAGGUCAUGCCACAGCAUCUCAAUAGGGUUCAAGUCUGGACUUUGACUAGGCCACUCCAGAACGUGUAUUAUGUUCUUCUGAAACCAUUCUGAAGUUGAUUUACUUCUGUGUUUUUGAUCAUUGUCUUGUUGCAGCAUCCAUUCUCUUUUUAGCUUUAACUGUCUGACAGACAGCCUAAGGUUUUCCUGCAAAACGUCCUGAUAAAGUUUUGAAUUCAUUCUUCCAUUAAUUAUUGCAAGUUGUCCAGGCCCUGAGGCAGCAAAACAGCCCCAAAUCCUGAUGCUCCCUCCACCAUGCUUCACGGUGUGGACGAGGUGUUGAUGUUGGUGAGCUGUUCCGUUUUUCCUCCACUUAUGAGGUGUGUUACUCCCAGACAAUUCAACUUUGGUGUCAUCACUCCACAAAAUAUUUUGCCAAUACAUCUGUGGAAUGUCCAAGUGCCUUUUUGAGAACAUGAAAGGAGCAACAUUUUUUUUUUUAGACAGCAGUGGCUUCCUUCAUGGAGUCCUCCCAUGAACAACAUUCUUGGCCAUAGUUUUACAUGUAGUUAAUGUAUAUGCACAGAGAUAUUAGACCGUGCCGGUGAUUUCUGUAAGUCUUUAGCAGACACUCCAGGAUUCUUUUUUUUAUCUUAGCAGACACAUUUCAGGAUUCUUUUUUUAACCUGUCUGAGUAUUCUGCGCUGAACUCUUGGAGUCAUCUUUGGUGGACUGCCACUCCUUGGGAGAGAAGCAACAGUGCCAAACUCUCUAAUUGUAGACAAUUUCUCUGACUGUCAAUUGAUGAACAUCCAGACUUUUGGAGAUGGUUUUGUAUCCUUUCCCAGUACAAAUCAACAAUCCCUGAUUGGAGGUCUUCAGAGAGCUCUUUUGACCGAGCCAUGAUGCACAUCAGACACUGCUUCUCAUCUAGAUAAUUCUUACCAGGUGGGUGUUUUACAGUGGGCAGGGCAGCUUUAAACCACUCAUCAGUGAUUUGGCACACACCUGAUUUAAGUUGUUUGGUAAAAAUUGGUUUCAGUUGCUCUUAAAGUCUCCUUAGGCAGAGGGUUCACUUACUUAUUUUUCCCCCCUCUAUCUUAUUUUGCAUGCUAUCCUCAUUAAAAUAUGAAAACGUAUAAAUACGCGGGUGGUUUUAAGUAAAGCGAACACAGUUUUUACAUCUGUGUAUUUUGACAAAGAUCAGAUCCCAUUUGAUGGGGAUUUUACGCAGAAAUGUGAGAAAUUCCAAAAGGUUCGAAUACUUUUUCAAACCACUGUACAUCUGUAGUGCUGCAAUGCAUGCUAGGAGGCAUGUUGGACAACAAAAGGGUUGAUAGAAGGUGAAAGCAGAGGUUGUCUCCCUCAAGGGAGCAGUGAUGGCCAAAUGAAGCUUUUUAAAGCAAUGAUGGUGGUUUAUUUGGUUUUAUGACAGUUGUAUGAUGCCUCUUUCAAAUAAAGUGUUACCGGUUAAUAUCUUUUGGUGUAAAUAUUCCAUAUUACAGUAGGACAGCUGCGGUUUAUAGUCCAGUGUGGCUUAUCUAUGAACAAAUGCCGUUUUUGUGCCAAAUUUGGUGGGUGGCUGCUUAUAUUCAGGUGCGCCUCAUAGUGUGAAAAUUACGGUAUUUUAACUUUUGGGCAAAACAUGGUUCAUUUGCACUGAUUCAACCACUAAAACAUACAGUGCCUGAAAGCUCUAAAUAACAUUUAUAUGCAAAUUUUUGAAUGACAGUUUUGUCAUUCAUACAUGUGAGCACAAAAUAUCACCUGUUUACAGUAAAAAGUUACCAGCACUGUUGUUUGUGUAGUCUGAUAAGCAUGCUAAGUAGGUGAGGUUUCAAAUAUCACAUUAUAAAACAAAGACAACAAUAGAAUUGGAUUCAUUUUGUAAACUAAUGCAAAUCACCCAUUGAGGAAUCCAUAAAUAAAUCUCGCCUAGGGCGCUACAUUACUGCAGUUAUGUAAUGAUGAAUGGCUGUUGAUAGUGCCAAGGGGAAUGACAACUGCAAUUCAGCAUCAUGGUGAUGAUGUGUUCUCGGUUUCCAUAUUUAGAUAGCAAUUUCUCCAUAGAUUGCAUUUUCUAGUAUUUAGAGCUACAAUCCCACCCUUUGCUGACUCAUAUUUCUUAACACAUUUGAUGAUUCAUGACCUGAAGGCCGCAUUUUUAACUGUCAAGUACGGGAACUCGUAACCUGCCCUCUUUGUCAAUCAUACAAGCUGCUCAGUGCUCACUAUGGGGAAUUUCCUAGCUGGCACGUUAGGUGAUCAGUGUUGCAACACAAUAUACUGUACAGUGCCAAGGCAUCUCGAGUCAAAAAGUGCCGUAACCCGAGUUUAGUUAACUCAAGUUUCGGAAACCUCUUUGAUUUCGUCAGAGGCUCUGACCUCAAUGAUUCAUUGGUGCUAAAGAUGUUGCAUUUCGGUGAUGGGAAUUAACAAAGUACUUUUUUCCUUUCAGUCUUCUGAAGACUUUUACUCCAUCGAGUCGUUAACUUUCCAAUUUUUAUCAUUUUACGGUUUUCAAGUGUUGUAGGUAUAUAACAAGAAGGAAGUAUGUCUUAGCUUUCGGUUAUGUAGUCUGAACCACAGGCUGAAUUUGUGGAACCUUCAUUAUUAUACAGCUGAGGAAGUUUUUUUUUUUUUUGGCACCUUUGAAGUCAGGCAUAAAGCAACCAGACAUGGAAGGCCGCAAAGGUCACCAAAAGGUGUGGCGGCCCACUGAUUAAAUGCUGAGGAACCCCCCUCACUAAAUUAGUGCAUACGUGGGUGGAAAAAAUUUGACAAUGGUCAAAUGUUUCCAAUUGUGUUAAAAGUCACAUGGGGGAGAUUUUUUUUUUUUUUUAUGCUAUAAGGGAAGCCUACCACCCACUCGAUUAAAAACGAAGACAUGCUAACCAUGUUUUUUAAAAAUAUUUGCUCAUUAAAAAAUACUGAAAUGACAUAUGCACUGGUGAAUUAAAAAAAAAAAAAAAAAAGUGAAAUGGCAAUCUACAGAAGACAAAUACAAUUUCUUAGAACCAACUCUUAUUUCAGGUACUGAAUCAGUGCUUUGAUGAAAAAUACUUUUCACUUGUUUUCCCACAAUAUAUUUGAGAUUCUUGUAUGAAAGUUAGAAAAAU